CCAUUAAUUGGCCCAAGUUGGUCCCAUUCGAACAGAAAAAAAAAACGCACAAACAAACGUUAGGGUUUGAACAUUUGCGUGGAGCGCUGAUGUCACUCGACGCAGACUCACAAUGAGGUGACAAGCGUACAAGCGUUGCCUCCUCAAUCGUCGGGGCAGCGUGGGGAGACACAUGAAGGCAGCCUGAGCAGGAGGGAGGUAAGAUUAUUCACAGCCGUCACCAGUAAAUAUGCAUCUAAUUCAGCUACAUCUGUGAAUCUGAUUUAAAGUGACGGUCGCGUGACUGUGGUUUCACAACCUUUUCCUUCCAGCCAUGAGACCGUCUGUCCCUGCGACUCUGGAGCCCGGCUCAGAGCGAGGGCUCCCCUGGGGCCGCGAUCUCUACACUUUUGUCACAUCGGCAGCGGGUCACAUGAUGAGGACCCUACAGAAGCCUCGGAAGAACCGUCCGUCCAAGCGGCAGGUCAACCACCGCCGCUUCCUGCACAACAUGAUCCAGCGGAAGUUUGCAGACAUAGAGGCGGCAAACCACCGUCUGGCAUCAGCUAUUUAUUUUAAGGAAGAAGACAGAAAUGCUCCGUCUGCGGCGUCGGAGAAGCCGGAGUCAGACGACGCCUCUGAAACCAACCCUCCGGCCGAGCCGCAGAAACGCAGCCUGCACAGAGACGCCGACGGCCACUCACGACCUGCGAGUGACGUCUCUGUCGGGUCACGUCAAACUGAGGACGGUGAGAAGAAGCAGCUGAGUCCGGCGCAUCUUUGGAAGCGUCAGCCUAAAUCGCAGUCCACCACCGGCGCCGCUAGAAGGAACAGUCUGAGCACGGGGAGGCAGAAAAGGGCCCGCGGAGGCCCCACGGCGGUGGGAUUCGCGCUCACGGACUCCCCAAAAGGCACGGACUACCACAGCGGGGCGGCGGCCUUCCAGCCUGAGCCGUGUGAAGACAGCAGCCACGUGAAAGCAGCCGGCAGCCUCCCACAAGCUCACACCCUUCUACAGGACGCUGGGUUCACCCCAGACAAGGACGCGUCUCCAUCCUUCUCCCCGCCUCUCUCCCCGUUGUCUAUUGACUCCUGUGACUUCUCCAUCCAGAUGUUGACAGACGUCUGCGCGCAUCCACAGAGGAGCAUCGCCGACAUGGAGGAGAGCCAGUGGGCAGAUAUAAUGGACCUGUUCGGCGGCGACGCGGAGGCCUGUGUGGAAAGCGUCGGAGCGGAGCAGCUUCCGUUUCCAGGUCCGUCCCACAGCUUGUGCAGCACCAGAUGUGAGUCUGAGGAUCCAUGCGGCGACGGAGGCGAGUACGGCGCCUACGGCCGUCAGAGGGGUCCGGGCACGAACCCGGCUGGAAGCGCACAGUUCAACAGCUUUGCCCCAGCUCGCGGUCCAGAUGCACCGAUCAGCUAUCACUACGCCGCGUCAGCACCGCACACGUACCAGAGCCCACAGGAAGACGGCCGUGUGCUGGGCGGCUGCGAAAACCAUUUACAUUUCACACCCUUUGAGGGUGUCGCUCAGUCGUUCUGUGCCCCCCUGCAUCCUCCUGAGCACCGUUCUAUUCCAACACCUCCCCGUGACGACGACUGGCUGUUCACCGAUAUCCUGAAAGACACCGGGGAGCCGCCCGGCUGCUAGAGAGGAGGUCCAGGGCCUCACAUGCUUUCUAUUAGUGUUAACGUCAUUUAUCCAGGUCUUCCCAGUUUCCUAUAAAAGCCACAAACUAAAGAUUAUGUUCAUCAUUUAGUAUUUUCUCUAUAAGAAGCGCAGAUAGUAAAACACAAUUUUGUAUUUGUUUUACUGCAUUUAAUAUAUUAUUUACAGUCAUUUUUCUCAUAGAUAGAAACUGUAUGCAAAUCAUUUUGUACCAAUUUGUUUUUUAUUUAUUGUGUGUGGAUCUAAACUGUUUAUCAAUAUGAUAUAAUGUACUCGGUAUGAACUGUGAAAGUAACUAAACUGAGAAUAAAUAUCAAGUCUUCUGGAAGA